UAUGGUUACCACGGUACAUACUAUGUACCAGCUUAGUGGCUUAGUGUUAUCUGGCAAUUCGACAUGGUAAAUUUAACCACAAUUUUCUAUACUACUACUACAACAGCCUCAUAUCACCAAACCCGACGACGAACUCAUCGUCGCCCUCUGUCGGCGUGAUAUUACCUCUUACCUCGACGAUUAACCGCGUAGUUGAUUUUUAUCCAUCGCGAAUUUUCACUUCGAUACCAUUUCGAUAUUUCGAUAUACAUGCCCUCGAUGGCCCGUGCCGAUUGGUGAUUUCAUUUUAAUUCAUCACGUUCAUCACUCUCCUUUUACGCCGUUUCGACUAUUCUCUACCGUCCUCUUCCUGAUCUGGAAGUCAAUAAACAAUUCACGAUGGCGCGCCCUAUGGGGCCGGUCCGCCUGCGUAGGACGAACUAUGUUACCUUAUUUAUCGGCGCGAUACUUUGCCUAUUCAUAAUUUACUUUCUCUCCCACAACGGCUCCAGCACGCAGUCUGCCAGCGCGAACAGACCUCCCACCCGCAAACCCGCCGCAAAGGCUAGUCUCAUCGGCGAAAGACCGCCUGUCCGCCGUUUCAACUUAAACAAUGUUACAAUCACGCCCGAUCCCAUUGGGAACCGAGAGGCCGUCCUAAUCUUAACACCAAUGGCGCGUUUCUACCAGGAAUAUUGGGAUAAUCUUCUGAAAUUGCAAUACCCGCGCGAUCUCAUCACCCUCGGCUUCAUCCUACCCAAGAACAAGGAGGGCAAUGCAGCGACGACCGCGCUACAGGCUGAGAUCACAAAGAUCCAGAAAGGCCGGGCGAAGGAUCGGUUCAGGGGCGUAAUCAUCGAGCGACAAGACUUCGACCCUCCCCUGACAUCACAAGAUGAAAGCGAACGGCAUAAGAUGGCAAACCAGAAGGCGAGACGCGCUUCGAUGUCUAGAGCACGUAAUUCACUGCUCUUCACCACCUUGGGAGCCGAUACCUCAUGGGUGCUAUGGCUGGAUUCUGACAUUGUUGAGACACCGCCCACCUUGAUCCAGGACCUCGCGAAACACGACAAGCCUAUUAUCGUACCGAACUGUUAUCAGAGAUAUAUCGAUACCGAAACUGGCAAGCCGGCAGAGAGACCGUAUGACUUUAACAGCUGGCAAGAUAGUCCAACCGCACAGGAGAUCGGUUCCAAGAUGGGACCAGAUGAUAUCAUCCUUGAAGGAUAUUCUGAGAUGGCGACUUAUCGAGCCUUGAUGGCGUAUAUGGCAGAAAAGGACGACGAGCGGAAUUUAGAAGUGCCUUUGGAUGGCGUGGGUGGCACUGCCUUGCUAGUCAAGGCGGAUGUCCAUCGCGACGGCGCCAUGUUCCCUCCAUUUCCAUUCUAUCAUCUGAUCGAGACGGAAGGAUUCGCCAAGAUGGCAAAGAGAUUAGGCUGGCAUUCUACAGGGCUGCCUAAUUACAAGGUUUAUCAUUACAAUGAGUAAACGAAGAGGGGUGAAACAAAAAUGCGGCUCAAAUCACUUUUGGUUAUUAUGAACCUUGUAAUCUGUUUAUGAGUCUCGGAAUGGUGCAUCAGGGAGAUGAGGAGUUUAUACGUGGCCGUAUUGUUUACGACGACGGAGCAUGCGUUACUGAAACACAUCCACAGCCGUUACAGUCGUAAUGGAAAAAGGGGGCUUC